GACGUGGGCUACAAGCGCAUGCGGCUGCCCAACCUGCUGGAGCACGAAACCAUGGCCGAGGCCAAGCAGCAGGCCAGCAGCUGGGUGCCCCUGCUCGCCAAGCAGUGCCACACCGACACCCAGCUCUUCCUCUGCUCCCUCUUCGCCCCCGUCUGCCUCGACCGCCCUGUCUACCCCUGCCGCUCCCUCUGCGAGGUGGUGCGGGACUCCUGCGCCCCCGUCAUGGAGUCUUACUGGCCCGAGAUGCUCCACUGCAGCAAGUUCCCCUCUGACCACGAGCUCUGCAUUGCCAUCCAGUUCGGGAACACCAAGGCCACCCCACCGCCAGUGUCCAAGAUCUGCACCCAGUGCGAGAUGGAGCACAAGGCGGAUGGCAUGAUGGAGCAGAUGUGCUCCAGCGACUUCGUGGUGAAGAUGCGCAUCAAGGAGAUGACGGAGGAGAAUGGAGAGCGGCGGCUGGUGGCUGCCCAGAAGAAGAAGGUGCUGAAGCUGGGCCCGCUUAAGCGCAAGGACACCAAGAAGAUGGUGCUGCACAUGAGAAACGCAGGUGCCUGCCCCUGCCCCCAGCUAGACAGCCCCAGCGGCAGCUUCCUGGUAAUGGGCCGCAAGGUGGGCGGCCGCCUGCUGCUCCUUGCCAUCUACCCCUGGCAGAAACACAACAAGGAGAUGAAGUUUGCUGUCAAGUUCAUGUUCUCCUACCCCUGCCCCCUGUACCACCCCCUGCUUUAUGGGGCUGGGCAGCACUAA